AAUUUUUUUAAUCGAUUAAAAUUUAUUAUUUUUAAUAAACAAAGAAUUUCUCGUAAAAAUAUUUUAUAAUGGAAGAUUUUAUUCCUACACGAGUAUCAAGGAUAAAAAAAGAUGCUGUAAAGGAAUUCGUGUCGGUAAACUAUGAAAAGCCGAAAAAAAAAAAAGAAAUAAUUAAAAGUAAAGAAAACAAUGAUAUACAAAAUUUUAAAUUUAAUAUAACAAAAAAUGAACAAAAUGAAAAUAAUGAUGAAAAAAAGAAAAAAGAAUUAGAAAUGAAACGUAUCAAAUAUGAGGUUAUGAAAUUUGGUAUGUCUGGUUUCAAAGGAAUAGAAGCAGAAGAAGCAGAAAUUGCUCUUGCUAUAAGUUUAGGAGCAAAACCUCCAAAGAAAAAAGGGAUUAAUUAUAAAAUAUUGAAACAUGAAAGAAAACAAGAAACACAACAAAAAAAUUUAAAAUUUGUAUCAGGUCUUGAAAAAAGUUUGAUAAAUCAUAAAAUUAAAAAAGUUCAUAGGAAAAGUUCUAAUAAUUUAUUAAGAAUGUAUGGAAAAAUAAAUAAGAAAACUUUGAAUAAAAAAAUUAAAUAA